AUGAAACAGACCCUGCAGGAUGAGAUUGAAGCCAUACUGCGGGAGAGGAUUAUGGUGCUGGAUGGAGGGAUGGGGACCAUGAUACAACGGUACAAGCUAAAUGAAGAAUGCUUUCGUGGUCAAGAAUUUAAAGAUCACCCCAGAUCCCUGAAAGGCAACAAUGACAUUUUAAGUAUAACUCAACCUGAUGUCAUUUACCAAAUCCAUAAGGAAUACUUGCUGGCUGGGGCAGAUAUCAUUGAAACAAAUACUUUUAGCAGCACUCGUAUUGCCCAAGCUGACUAUGGUCUUGAACACUUGGCCUAUUGGAUGAAUAAGUGCUCUGCAGCAGUUGCCAGAAAAGCUGCCAAGGAGGUGACUCUCCAGACAGGAAUUAAGAGAUUUGUGGCAGGAGCUCUGGGUCCAACCAAUAAGACACUCUCUGUGUCUCCAUCUGUGGAAAGACCAGAUUAUAGGAACAUCACAUUUGAUGAGCUUGUUGAAGCAUACAACGAGCAGGCCAGAGGACUUCUGGAUGGUGGGGUUGAUAUUAUACUAAUUGAAACAAUUUUUGAUACUGCCAAUGCCAAGGCAGCCUUGUUUGCACUCCAGAAACUCUUUGAAGAAAAGUAUGUUCCCCAGCCUAUCUUUAUUUCAGGAACAAUUGUUGAUAAAAGCGGGCGGACUCUUUCUGGACAGACAGGCGAGGCAUUUGUCAUCAGUGUAUCUCAUGCAGUUCCACUCUGCAUUGGAUUAAAUUGUGCUCUGGGUGCAGCUGAAAUGAGACCUUAUGUUGAAACGAUUGGAAAAUGUACCACAGCCUAUGUGCUCUGUUACCCGAAUGCAGCGUAUCAGAUCCUCAUUCAUUCAAAGCGCAUCAGUACCCUCCCUCUCAUUCCCAAGCAGGACUUUGCUGUGGAUGGCUUAGUCAAUAUAGUUGGUGGAUGCUGUGGUACAACACCAGAUCAUAUCAGGGAAAUUGCUGAAGCUGUUAAAAAUUGUAAACCUAGGAUUCCACCUGCCACUGUUUUUGAAGGGUAUAUGUUAUUGUCUGGUCUAGAGCCCUUCAGGAUUGGACCAUAUACCAACUUUGUUAACAUUGGAGAGCGCUGUAAUGUUGCAGGAUCAAGGAAGUUUGCUAAACUCAUCAUGGCAGGAAACUAUGAAGAAGCACUGAGUAUUGCCAAAGUGCAAGUGGAGAUGGGAGCCCAGGUACUGGAUAUCAACAUGGAUGAUGGAAUGCUAGAUGGCCCAAGCGCUAUGACCAGAUUUUGCAACUUCAUUGCUUCUGAACCAGACAUUGCCAAGGUGCCAUUGUGCAUUGACUCUUCCAACUUUGCUGUCAUUGAAUCUGGGUUAAAGUGCUGCCAAGGGAAGUGCAUCGUCAAUAGCAUUAGUCUGAAGGAAGGGGAGGAUGACUUUUUGGAAAAGGCCAGAAAGAUUAAGAAGUUUGGAGCUGCUGUGGUGGUCAUGGCUUUUGAUGAAGAAGGCCAGGCAACAGAAAUAGACACCAAAAUCAAAGUGUGUACCCGAGCCUACCAUCUACUUGUAAACAAACUGGACUUUAAUCCAUAUGACAUCAUCUUUGACCCCAAUAUCCUCACCAUUGGUACUGGGAUGGAAGAACACAACUUGUAUGCUAUUAAUUUUAUCCAUGCAACAAAAGUCAUUAAAGAAACAUUACCUGGAGCCAAAAUAAGUGGAGGUCUUUCCAACUUGUCAUUCUCAUUUCGCGGGAUGGAAACCAUUCGAGAAGCAAUGCAUGGAGUUUUCCUUUACCAUGCAAUCAAGUUUGGUAUGGACAUGGGGAUAGUGAAUGCUGGAAACCUUCCUGUAUAUGAUGAUAUCCAUAAGGAACUUCUCCAGCUCUGUGAAGAUCUCAUCUGGAAUAAAGAUCCUGAGGCCACCGAGAAGCUGUUACAUUAUGCCCAGACUCAUGGAAAAGGAGGGAAAAAAGUUACUCAGACAGAUGAAUGGAGGAACAACCCCAUUGAAGAACGCCUUGAGUAUGCUCUUGUCAAGGGCAUUGAAAAACAUAUUAUUGAAGAUACUGAGGAAGCCAGGUUAAAUGAAGAAAAAUAUCCUCGACCUUUACAUAUAAUUGAAGGGCCCCUGAUGAAUGGCAUGAAAGUUGUUGGUGAUCUUUUUGGAGCUGGAAAAAUGUUUCUACCUCAGGUUAUAAAGUCAGCUCGGGUCAUGAAGAAAGCCGUUGGCCACCUUAUUCCCUUCAUGGAAAAAGAAAGAGAAGAAACUAGAGCCCUCACUGGAGCAGUAGAAGAAGAGGAUCCUUACCAGGGAACCAUUGUGUUGGCCACUGUUAAAGGUGAUGUGCAUGACAUAGGCAAGAACAUAGUUGGAGUAGUCCUUGGCUGCAAUAACUUCAGGGUUAUUGAUUUAGGAGUCAUGACUCCCUGCGAUAAGAUAUUGAAAGCUGCUCUUGACCACAAAGCAGAUAUAAUUGGCCUGUCAGGACUUAUCACUCCUUCCCUAGAUGAAAUGAUUUUUGUGGCCAAGGAAAUGGAGAGAUUAGCUAUAAAAAUUCCGUUGUUGAUUGGAGGAGCAACCACUUCCCGAACCCACACAGCAGUUAAAAUAGCUCCAAGAUACAGUGCCCCUGUAAUCCAUGUCCUGGAUGCAUCCAAGAGUGUGGUGGUGUGUUCUCAACUAUUAGAUGAAAAUCUAAAGGAUGAAUACUUCGAAGAAAUCAUGGAGGAAUAUGAAGAUAUUAGACAGGACCAUUAUGAAUCUCUCAAGGAGAGAAGAUACUUAACUUUAAGUCAAGCCAGAAAAAAUGGUCUCCAUAUUGAUUGGAUGUCAGAACCUCACCCAGUGAAGCCCACAUUUAUUGGGAAACGGGUCUUUGAAGACUAUGACCUGCAGAAGCUCGUGGACUACAUUGACUGGAAGCCUUUCUUUGACGUCUGGCAACUCCGGGGAAAAUACCCUAACCGAGGCUUCCCCAAAAUAUUUAACGACAAGGCAGUAGGUGAAGAAGCCAAAAAAGUCUUUGAUGAUGCCCAGAAUAUGCUAAAAGCCCUGAUUAGUCAAAAGAACCUCCAUGCCAGGGGUGUGGUUGGAUUUUGGCCGGCACAGAGUGUCCAGGAUGACAUCCACGUGUAUGCAGAGGACGCUGUGCCCCAGGCUGCAGAGCCCAUAGCUACCUUUUAUGGGCUACGGCAACAGUCUGAGAAGGACUCUGCCAGCACAGACCCCUACCACUGCCUCUCAGACUUCAUCGCUCCUCUGGAGACUGGUGUCCGGGACUACCUGGGCCUGUUUGCCGUUGCCUGCUUUGGGGUUGAAGACCUUAGCAAAGCCUAUGAAGAGGAGUUUGACGACUACAGCAGCAUCAUGGUCAAGGCACUGGGGGACCGUCUGGCAGAGGCCUUUGCAGAGGAGCUCCACGAAAGGGUCCGCAAAGAGCUGUGGGCUUACCAUGGCAGCGAACAGUUGGAUGUGGCUGGCAUGCGGAGACUACGCUAUGAGGGCAUCCGGCCUGCCCCUGGCUACCCCAGCCAACCUGACCACACCGAAAAGCUCACCAUGUGGAGACUUGCUGACAUCGAGCACUGCACUGGCAUUACAUUAACAGAAUCACUAGCAAUGGCACCUGCCUCAGCAGUAUCAGGCCUCUACUUCUCCCAUUUGAAGUCCAAGUACUUUGCUGUGGGGAAAAUAUGCAAGGAUCAGGUUGAGGAUUAUGCAUUGAGGAAGAACAUGUCUGUGGCUGAGGUUGAGAAAUGGCUUGGACCCAUUUUGGGAUAUGAUGCAGACUAA